GUCCUUUUCAUUUUUUUUUUAUUCAUGGGGGAAAUAACGCUGCAGUCACAACCUGAUAAAAUCUGAAUAUUUCAGCUUUACGCACAACAACUAAACGUAUUUCUACCCCUUACCCAAAAAAAAACUUUUUUUUUAUUUAGAAUGUCACGUUCAGACCUCGGAGACGUUACUCCCAAUAAUUUGGGUCAAGUGAGAGUCCUUCAUAAAGUAUUAUUUCCUGUCAACUAUGGCGAUAACUUUUAUAACGAGCUCUUGGAAGCCGAUGAAUUCGCAAAAUUAGCUUACUAUAACGAUGUCUGCGUCGGUACUGUCUGCUGCCGUAAAGAAGCCGAUGAAAGCAACCCUGAAAAAUUCAAAAUUUACAUGAUGACUUUAGGUGUUUUAGAGCCUUAUCGUCGUCUCGGUUUAGGUUCUCGAUUGCUACAACAUAUUCUGGAACACGCUAAAUUGGCUAAAGAUAUCUCUCAAGUUUAUUUGCACGUUCAAACCAAUAACGAUCAAGGUGUUGAUUUUUACAAGAAGCAUGAUUUUAAAAUCGUCAGUACCGAAAAGGAUUAUUACAAACAUAUCGAACCUAGAGACGCAUACCUUUUAUCCAUGACCAUCGAACAAUAGAUUUUUUUUUGUAAAAUUAAAUGAAGAGAAAAGAAAAAAAAAGUAUGUUUAUUUUGUAUCUGAAA